AUGGGGAUUUAUAAAAAAGUUACUUUGGAUAAUGCGUCUUCUAAUGACCGUUUCGUUCAGCUAUUACGUGAUCAAUUAGAUACAAAAUCGCCACUUGUUUCUAAGGGUAGGUUUUUUCAUAUGAGAUGUUGUGCACAUAUUGUAAACUUGAUUGUACAUGAUGGGCUUAAGGAAAUUGAUCAAGCCGUUGAGAAGGUUAGAGAGAGUAUCAAGUAUUUUAAAGGAUCAAAAUCACAAAUAAGAAAGCAAAAGUUUUUAGAUUGUGUUAAGUUACUUUCUGUGAGUUCUACAAGGGGGUUAAGGCAAGAUUGUCCUACUAAGUGGAAUUCUACAUUCCUAAUGCUUGAUAGUGCCAUUUAUUACCGAAAGGCAUUUGCCCAUUUAGAAAUAAGUGAUUCUAAUUAUACAAGUUGUCUAAGUGCUUAUGAGUGGGAUACCAUUGAAAAGAUUUGUGUUUUUCUUGCAGUUUUUUAUGACGUGAUUAAUGUUUUCUCGGGUACUAAAUAUCCUAAUGCAAACUUGUACUAUCCUCACGUUUUUAUGGUUUAUUUUACUUUGCAUGAUAGUAUGAGUUCAAAGGAUGAGUAUACGAGACGUAUGGGAGCGUCUAUGAUGGAAAAUUUUAAGAAGUAUUGGUCUGAUUUUAGUCUCACUUUAGCCAUAGCCGUGGUAUUUGAUCCAAGAUAUAAGUUGCAUUUUAUUGAAUGGAGUUAUACAAAGAUUUAUGGAGAGCACAAUUGUCAAUAUAGUGAGGAGGAUUUGUUAUUGAGUUCCACUUUUGCUGAAUAUGUGUUAUAUUUCGGUAAUGUUUCCUCGACAACAUCAAAUCAUGCAAGUACUUCAAGUAGCAAGGCUGAUGAAGCAACAAGCAAUGAUACAAGACGUCUUUAUGGAGUUAGAGCAAAACUUUUGGUAAUUUUUAUUUAUUUCGAUGAGUUUCAAAGCCAAGAGACCACAACCAACAAAAAGUCAGAAUUACAAUUGUAUUUGGAAGAGCCAAGAAUGGAGAGGACAUUGAAACUCGAUGUGUUGGCUUUCUGGAAAUCCAAUGUGUUUAGAUAUCCCGUACUUGCAAAGAUGGCUCAAGACUUUUUGACCAUUCCAAUAUCUACUGUCGCAUCAGAGUCCACAUUUAGUGCCAGCGGAAGAGUACUUAAAAAACAUCGAAGUUCACUUGCUAAAGAUAUCGUUGAGGCACUUAUUUGCACAAAAGAUUGGUUGUUUGGAGGCUGUAGUGAAAUUGAUACCGAUGAUCUCGCCGAAGAUAUAAUGUCAUUGUCGCUUGAAGUUAGUCCUGAAUCAGGUGCUUCAGUCUCAGUUAACAAUUCCAGCUCGUUUAUAAAGGUUUGA